AUGAAGUUGGCGAAGCACUUGCUGAACAUUGGGCGCUGGCUGGAGCGAGUCAGCAAAUCGACAGCGUUGCAGGCGAUCGACCCUUGGGUGGGCAACUUCUUCGCCUCUGGCUUCCAGAUGUUCUCGGACCCGCACGUCGAGGACAGUGUCGAUGCGAUCCUUGCUCGAGCUGAUGAGGUGCUGGAUACCUAUGGCAAGAAGUGCCUGGAGGGCUGGAAGACAUGGGCGGCCAGCUCUUCCGAGAAGGGGGCUGGACAGGCUCAUCGCCACACCAGAGCGAAAGCAGCCCAGGAGAUCUACGACUGGGGCAACCUGCACAACGACCUGGCCCAGCCGCACGUGCUUGCCGACAAAUCCAUGAG